GCGGAGACGGACUGCUCUAAGCAGUGUAAUAGAGCGCCGCACCUCACUAGAGUAACUAGAGUACUCUACUCACUCUGCACCCGCGCACCGAGCACACGGACUCUCCCCCAUCCCCCCGCCCCCCGCCCGUUCUCUCCCGUAUGCACCUACUGCACUGCAUCCCCACACUCCUCCCCCUCCCUCUCUCUGACUGUCUGCGGCUUACCGUCCUCGCCGUCCCGCGUUACAGCAAAGUUACAUCUGAUGGAGCGAUAGCUAUCAUAGUCCUCACUAGUACUUGUCAAGGGGUCGGGCCCGGGUUCCCGCCUGCCUACCUGCCUGCCUCCCGGAUCCCUCCCACUCCCUGCACCACAGUAACAGUUACCAAGAAACCGUCUCACCUGCCCUGCCUGCCCUGCCUGCCCUGCCUGCCCUGCCUGCCCUCAGUGCCCUGCCCUGGCUCCGUUCCGUUCCCUCCCCGGGAUUCCCGAUAUAUGUAUAUGCGCGCGUGGGUCUAGAGGGGAGUCCCCCCCCCCCGAGGUGGAUACAGCGCAUCUGUUGACAUCAC